CGUAGCAGAGCGGCGGCGGCGGCGGCGGCGGCGCCACGUCCCCGGCCGCGGCGGGAGCGGCAUCCGUUGGGCCUCGGGGCCGGUGACCAUGGCCUUUACGCUGUACUCGCUGCUGCAGGCGGCCCUGCUGUGUGUCAAUGCCAUCGCCGUGCUGCACGAGGAGCGCUUCCUCAAGAACAUUGGCUGGGGAACAGACCAGGGAAUUGGUGGAUUCGGAGAAGAGCCAGGAAUUAAAUCUCAGCUAAUGAACCUUAUUCGAUCUGUACGAACUGUGAUGAGAGUGCCAUUGAUAAUAGUAAACUCAAUUGCAAUUGUAUUACUUUUACUAUUUGGGUGAAGACCAAUGGGGGAAGUGGAGACUCAGAAGAAGAGCUGCCAGAAGUUACUACUUCAGUCUUUAUUGGAAUAUACAUAUCUUAUUUACCUGGCUGUCCUUGGACUUGACAAAAAUCUAAACCUGACAAUAAAACCCGCGUCCCUAUUUAUCUGAUUUUUUACAUGUUGCACUUACAGUUUCGUUACAAAAAGAUCAGAUCAUCAGAGGCAGUAACUAUCCAGGAUUGGAUACAUUUGAUUGCUAACUAUUAACAAGAGUUCAUGCUAUGGUAAAGAUUGUUUAAAGGGUACAGGACUGUCACUUCUGUGUUUUUAGAGAUUUUUCUCUUUCGCUUCUCAGGGAUGAAUUUUUUCUUUCAAAGUUUUGAAGUUCCUUGUGACUUAGCCAUGAUGUAAGAAUGACUGUCCUCCUAGGUAAAAUUUAAAGGAUUUUUAAAAAGUAAUUCCUACAUAUAAAAUGAUAAAUAGGUAAUUUGGAUUAUUUUACUUUAACUCUUUGGUUAAAUACUUUAUCUGUAUACUGUCUCAGCCAUGAAAACCUCAAAUUUGUAGUAACUAUUGAGGAGCAAUACUUUCUGACUUCAGGGAGAUUCCUAAUUUUGUAAGUCAGAGAGUCACAUGAUGACUGUGUUUUUAUUUUUAAGUUCUUCUCAUGUGUUUGUUGUUUUAUUAAUUGGCCUGAAUGAUGAGCCCAGAUCAGUAUCUACAUAUUUCCAUUGGUAAAAAAAUCUGUGUGGAAAAGUCUAUGCCCUUUUAACAAUGAUGACUUAUUUUAUAAAAUCAGCAUAAAAGCCUGCAAGAGCAAUCCUAAACAAUCACCACUGAACCAUACUGUGUAAGAAGACUUUAUUGUCAUAUGUUUACUCCCCCAAAUUAUCACGUUUCCAUUUCUUGGAGUAGCACAUUGAGGGGUGUGAUUUGUAAUUCUUCAUUCUGUCAGUCAAUAGAACAUUCAUGGUAGAUAAAUUGUUUUUUGUUUUGUUUUUAUGUCUUAGACCAUCCCAUGUUUGUUUAUCUCAUAAUACUGUUUUAUACAGAAAGAUUAAAACUAUGUAAAUGGUUUUUCUGGAAAUUAGUUAUAAUAUGUUAAAGGGGGUGGAAUGGCAUCUUUGUUUACAGGAGAACAUUUGUAAAUAAAGUUAAAUUUCCAACUCAA